AUGUCGUGUAGCAAGCCUGCGUUGGCGCACGGACGUGGUUGGCUUUGCGCCACGCCUAUCGACGGCAGUUCGCAGAUGGCUGGGGAUGGUGCCAGUGCCAGCCACUGUCGUGCACACUGCCUGCUUGAUGAAAUGCCAUGGUGCGACGUCACGGGGCUUCGCGGGCUUCGUUUGCAGGAUUGGCCACGCUGCUAUCGCACCAUGUCGCAGGCAGGCACACCUGUGGUCCUUCACCUGAUAGAUAUGGACAACAACGAGGACGAGGAGAGCAGUGACGCCAACUGCGUCUUGUUCGACCAUGAGACCUUCCCCAGCUGGUGGCGGACUACGACAAUCCCUCUGAACAACACCUAUAGGCAUCUCUAUGACACAGGCUGUCCAAUGCAUUAA